GUCAUGGUCAGUCCAAAGAUGAACCCCACCAUCUGUUGGCGUUUCGAAGCUGCCGUCGUACUGCUGUUUCAUGCAAAGACAUUCCGCCGGGGUUUCCAGGUGACCGUUCACGUCGGCAACGUCCGGCAAACGGCUACUGUUGAGUGCCUCCAUGGAAAGGAGGAGCUGCGCACAGGGGAGAGCGCGGUGGUGUGUUUCCGGUUCCUGCAGCACCCGGAGUACCUGCGUCUGGGCGCCAAGCUGCUGUUCAGAGAGGGCGUCACCAAGGGCAUCGGCCACGUGGCCCAGAUCCUGCCCGACCUCAACACGCCCGACCAGAACCACGCACACAACAACAACAACAACAUCAUCAUCGCUUAAACACACAACAACAACAAUAACAACAACAUCAUCAUCGCGUAAACACACAACAACAACAAUGCAUAAACACAACAACAACAACAACAACAUCAUCAUUGCGUAAACACACAACAACAACAACAACAUCAUCAUCACGUAAACACACAACAACAACAACAAUAACAACAUUGCAUAAACACAACAACAACAACAACAUCAUCAUCGCGUAAACACACAACAACAACAACGCAUAAACACAACAACAACAACAACAUCAUCAUCGCGUAAACACACAACAACAACAACAACAUCAUCAUCGUGUAAACACACAACAACAACAACAAUAACAGCAUCGCAUAAACACAACAACAACAACAUCAUCAUCAUCGCAUAAACACACAACAACAACAACAACAUCAUCGCGUAAACACACAACAACAACAAUAACAACAUCGCAUAAACACAACAACAACAACAACAUCGCAUAAACACACAACAACAACAAUAAUAACAUUGCAUAAACACAACAACAACAACAUCGCGUAAACACACAACAACAACAAUAACAGCAUUGCAUAAAUAUACAACACAAACACCCCCCCCUCCCCGCUUAAAUAUGCACGUGCUGCGGUAACACACUCACACAACAACAACAACAUCAUCGCGUAAACACACAACAGCAACAAUAACACCAUCGCGUAAACACACAACAACAACAAUAACAACAUUGCAUAAAUAUACAACACAAACACCCCCCCCUCCCCGCUUAAAUAUGCACGUGCUGCGGUAACACACUCACACAACAACAACAACAUCAUCGCGUAAACACACAACAGCAACAAUAACACCAUUGCGUAAGCAUACAACACAAACCCCUCCCCCGCUUAAAUAUGCACGUGCACAGCUGCGGUAACACACUCACACAACAACAACGACAACAACAUCGCGUAAACAUACAACACAAAAAAAUACUUGCUUAAACACACACACACACACACACGCACAGCUGCAGUAACACACUCACACAACAACAACAACAACAUUAAAAUGCCUAAACACACACACACACGCAUGGUUGCAGUAACACCUGACCAGAACCACACACACAACAAUGUACUUGCAGAAACACACAACAACAAUAAAAAGACACACACACAUACACACACAACACUCCAGUGACUAUGCCUAAACACACACACACACACACACACACACACACACACACCACUUCAACGACUACGUCUAAACACACACACACACACACACACACACACAAACGGCGGGAGUAGUACACCCGACCAGAACCAGACACACACAACAACAACAACAACAACAUUGCACCAGUCAACACACAACAACAAUGCCUAAAGACACAAAAUAAUAACAGCAACAACGCCUAAGUACACACAACAAUGCCUAAACACACACACAUGCACCAUCAGACCAACAACGUCUAACAACACUAGAGACAGCAAUCUUUUUCUUUUUUUUUUCCUCCUGUAACCUGCAAUGUGUAAGGAAACAAUCUUUUAUAUAUCUUCAAUGACAUGCAAGCUAGACAUGUAUUACUAGCCAUGUAUGAACAAGAUCAAGGUCACAAGGUCAGCCUUGUGCAAAUUCAUAUACAGUUAUGCAGUACCUACAUGAUGAGUCGCAUUUAGGUAAGGAUGAGCAUCAUCAAGUUAGCAGACUAAGUUAGCAACUUUGUUGGUUGUAAUGCCAUUUCUGAUUGGCAACCAACUAAUGUUUUGGCCCUGUGUGUUAAUCAAAAACGGGAGGGGCGUUAAUGUCUCCCGCCCUUUCCUAGAAAGUUCUGAAACGUUUGCACACUUCUCAGACAUGCCAACCCACUCCAACCAACCCAGUUUUUUUUGUGUGUGUAUUUGACACUUCACAUGGUCGCACGGCAGCUGGUAUACCCCUCUUAAAAACGUACGUACGCACGUGCAUAACAACCUCUGCAUGUUCCGUCAGAUAAGGUGAAACACCAGCCGCUUUCAAUCAACGUUCAUCGUCUUCUUCGAUCCUUCAUCUCCCUGUACUCUGCCUUGCCGUUUUGGUAAACCGACAUUGAACCGAAAACCGCUGAAUGUAACAUUCGUUCCGAGCUCCCGCAUUUUGUUUGGAGAGAGCGUUUAGUUAGAUGUUCCAACAUCCUGAAUUUUACUCUUGAUUUCAUGUUCUCAUGUUUUUGUCUCUUUUAAUUAGACACACGAUUGAAAAUGUUGUAAUGAUGUAAUUAACAUGUUUUUAUUUAUUUUAGUUUUUUUGUCCGCGUUUCUUUUAACUUGGUCAUGAAUACCGCAACACUUGACCAUAUAGUUAUCUUUAUUCAACGGAUAAUCAAUUGAAACUGUACAAUGGACAUGUUUUUAUUUAUUUUAUGUCUUUGUUUGGGCUGUUACUUUUUAACUUGUCUGUAAAGGUGAGGACUGCUUCGGGCCUUCAUCUGGGCCGACUGAGCCAGGAGCAUGCCGACUUGUAACGGUCAGGGCACAAUAUGUUUGACAAGGGGAAAUUAACCAUGUUCUUGUUGUGGAUAUAUGUACAAUGUUUGUAUAAAAGAUACUAGAUAAUAAAAUAUGUUGAAGCUUUGUG